AAAUUAGAAAAGAAAAGUAAGAAAAGCUUUGCCUAGUGCUUUUCGCCUACUCUUUGAGAGACUUAUAUUCUCUCUCUAGAAUCUUCUUCGAACGUUGAAAAUCUACAUAUUCACUGGCGUUCUACCAAAAUCGUGAAGCGAAAACUCGAUAGCCUCACAGAUCUCACAGCUAGCCCCUGUUUUAAAGAAAUUUGGUGAAAUCCACUGGGUUUAUAAGAUUUUGGGACAAUGGAAGAUGCUCAGGAGCAGAAAAGUCAAUCUCUUGGUCAAGAUGAUGAAAAUGAAAUAGUGACUGAAAGUGCUGCAUUUGUUCAUGGGGAACCUCCUCAAGAUGCUAAUGGACCCCCAAAAGUUGAUUCUGCGGUGGAAAUUCUUCAGGAGAAAGUUACAAAGCAAAUCAUUAAAGAAGGUCAUGGUCAGAAACCGUCCAAAUAUUCAACAUGCUUCUUGCACUACAGGGCAUGGACUGAGAGCACACAGCAUAAGUUUGAAGACACAUGGCAGGAACAACGACCUGUUGAAAUGGUUUUAGGGAAAGAGAAGAAAGAAAUGACUGGCUUGGCUAUUGGUAUAUCCAGCAUGAAGUCUGGUGAACGUUCUCUCUUACAUGUAGGCUGGGAAUUAGGGUAUGGAGAAGAAGGGAACUUUUCUUUCCCAAAUGUUCCACCCAUGGCUGAUAUAAUAUAUGAAGUUGAGCUUAUUGGAUUUGAUGAAACCAAAGAAGGGAAAGCUCGAAGUGACAUGACUGUUGAGGAAAGGAUUGGAGCUGCGGAUAGGAGAAAGAUGGAUGGAAAUGCUUUAUUUAAGGAAGAAAAACUGGAAGAGGCUAUGCAACAGUAUGAAAUGGCUAUAGCAUAUAUGAACGACGACUUUAUGUUCCAGUUGUUUGGAAAAUAUCGGGACAUGGCUCUGGCUGUCAAGAACCCAUGUCACCUUAACCUUGCAGCAAGUUUAAUAAAGCUCAAGCGCUACGAAGAAGCCAUUGCACAAUGCAGCAUUGUGUUGUCAGAGGACGAAAACAAUGUCAAAGCACUUUUCAGGAGAGGAAAGGCCAGGGCAGAGCUUGGGCAGACUGAUGCUGCGCGAGAAGACUUCCUAAAGGCACGUAAAUAUUCUCCUGAAAACAAAGCAAUCACAAGGGAGUUACGUUUGCUCUCUGAGCAUGACAAGGCUCUUUAUCAAAAGCAAAAGGAGAUCUAUAAGGGGAUUUUUGGUGCAAGGCCAGAACCAAAACCUAAGCGAACUAAUUGGCUGAUCGUGAUUUGGCAAUGGUUUUUGUCACUAUUCUAUCGCCUUUUCAGGCGCCAUAGGCAGAAAUCAGACUAGUCAAGCUUUUGAGCAACAAGAGUGAUGAAAAUUAUGCAUCAAGUUAGCAUCCUUAAAAUAGCAGUAAAAACUUUCUGAUGAGUUUGUGGUCUUGAAAGUCAACCAGCUGUCAAGUGCUUUAUCAAGAGGAAAUGCAGGAUGCCUAAUAUAUGUCUAUGAAAGAACCUUCAGACCUGUGAGUGUAUCAAAGACCAGAGUCCCUACAUUGUUGGGAAGAGGGUUUUUCUUUUUAUUACAAUUUCAAUGAACUAUACCUUGUACUUCAAUUUCAUGUGCAAUUAGUCAUUUAUUUUCAUCCUUGACUAUGGCUCUAAUCAGUUUCAAUUCUUGAUGAUGUCUACUGUAAUUAAAGAUUUAAGCUCACUGAAAUAGAAAAAGACUGAGGCUCUCCUGCUUCUCAUUUGAUUGUA